UGUGACCACUCCCACUCUUAGUAUGGCUGUCCCUCCAGCAAUUCCUCCAAGCAUACCUGAUGCUGAUGAGCUGAUUGACGCCAUAUUGGCAGAGAAAGGCCCGGCAGUAUAUAAAGAUGGAUUGUCUGAAGACAACUGGGAAGAGGAAUUAGAACAGAUCCCUCUCUUUAUGACAAAGGCACCAGAUCCAGACACUGUUGCUAAAUCCCCUGGACUCUCUGCAUUACAGGAAAUCAAGUAUCAGGAGGAAACGCCUGAAGGUAGAGCAACAAUGCUCAAAGAAGAUGGCAAUGAAAUGUUUAAGAGGAAGAAGUACAAAGAAGCCAUUGAGCUGUAUACUGGAGCACUUGCUGAGAGAUCCCAAGACACUCAAUUAAAUGCUAUUCUUUAUUGUAAUAGAGCAGCAGCACACUACUACAUUGGUAAUUAUAGAUCUUCUAUCACUGAUGCCAGCCAGUGCAAGUCCAUCAAACCAGAUCACAUUAAGGCUUACAUUAAAGGAGCCGAGAGUACAUUUAAACUAGGAAGGUAUCGCGAAACUCUUGAGUGGUGCGAGGAUGGGAUUAAGGUUGAUCCUUCCUCUGAGAAACUAUCUGACCUUAAGAAAAAAGCUACAAUCGAAAAGAAAAAGCAUGAAAGAGAUGGUCGUAAACAACAACAAGACGAGAAGAGGAAAAGGGAAAGUGACAGUAAACUGAUUGAAGCAAUAAAAACAAGAGGCAUAAGACUGGCCCCAUCCUCCCAUCAGUACAGACCCAUUGAAGAUGAUGGUAGGCUAUUAGAGUUACUAGUCCCUCAAGCUCCCACUGGCUCUGUGAGAUUUGACGAUGACAAUACCUCACUCGUGUGGCCUGUGUUGUUCUUGUACCCCGAGUAUGGGACUAGUGACUUAAUUGAGUCGUUCCAUGAGCAGAGCAGAUUCAUUGAUCACAUUGAUUUAAUGUUUGGAGAAGGAGAAGAAGUAAACUGGGAUAGCGAAAAUAAGUACAAGCCUCAUACAAUUGAGGUAUGGUAUGAGGAUUACAGUACAGGUCACUAUGUUAAUGUACCAUUGGAGUCUUCACUAUCAGACGUUAUCAAUCACUCCUCAAAGUAUGUAGUGAUAUGUGGCAGUCCGGCAUUUUUCCUUAUUGUAACUGGAUCGUCAUUUAGUAAAGCUUUUCUUUCUAAGAAGACAUAGUGAAAUGACUUAUUAUUUAUUAUAUUUAUAAUGUUAAAUGUUGAUAACUGCUCCACCAGUUCUUAAAUCAGUAUUUACUCUUUUUUGUAAUAUUAUGAUGAUAAUGCUAAA